GCUGACGCCAUCCGCGCCGCCAGAAGCGGCGGAGCGCUCUGCGGCACACGUGUGCCUGCUGGGCGCUUUAACUCCGAGCGGGGCUUCCUAUUGGUCACUGGAGUGAUUGACAGCUCCGCAGCCAACCAGAUAUCGCUAUUCUCCCCGCGUAGCCAAUGAGAGGCAGGGGGCGGGCGGCGGCGCCAAGCGUGGGGCUCGGUUGAAUGUGGCGGGCCGGCGGCUGCGGGAGAACAGCAUUUUAGAAUGCCGAAAAUGAUUGUGGAAAAAAAAGAAAAGAAGGCUGAAAAAAGAAAAAAGAUGAAGAAACAUGUGGCCGAAAAGGAUGAGCUGGAAUUGGAAACCAAACCAAAGAAGAAGAAGCAAAAGCUGCAGGCUACAAAAGAAGAAGAGCUUAUUGCAGAGGAAGAGGAAGAACUUACUCCAGAGGAAAAGAGGAAACUGGAAAGGAAAUUAAAAAAAGAGCGCAAGAAGAAGGAGAGACAGCUGAUGAGGGAAGCUGGAAUCCCCAUUAAAAAGGUGGAGCCCAAAAAGCCAUCGGGAUCUGAGCGGGCUCUGGCCUAUUUAACCAGCUGGUCUAAAAACCCAAAAGAAUGGAAGUUUCAAAAGACAAGACAGACGUGGCUUCUCCUCCACAUGUAUGAUAAAGAGAAGGUUCCAGACAAGUAUUUCCCUAUUUUACUGGAUUAUCUGCAAGGGCUUCAGGGCAAUGCACGAGACAAAACUGUGCAGAAAGCUGAAGCUUUUAUGAAGGAAUUUGAUGGUUCCGAUGGAGAAGACCCAGACCUGCUGGGGAAGUGCGAGCGCAUCAGACAAGUUCUACAACUGCUGUCCUGAGACUAUUUCUGUGUCAUAAUUGUUGUCUGGUGGAGGGAAGGAGAGGAUGUCACACCCAGAGGCUGUAAAGUAUUUGUAAAGAUAAUACUAAAUUUUAUACUCGUCAUUUUUUCCCAUUGAAAAUAUAUCUUGUGUUUUGAGGUGAUGAAAUAAAAAUAGCACGUAUA